AUGUCCGUCUACAACAGUCAGCUGGUAACACGCCUCAUGAGCGCCAUCGACCGUCUGAAUUACUCUGCUGACUAUGGUGUCGAGGAUGCCUUCGAGCUCUACCACAAGAUCCAGGAGCACAAUGAACGACGAGGCCCUAGCACUGAUGGCAUAGGUCUGCCUGCUCUAGGCCAUGCUGUAGCAGGUUCUGCUGGUACCGCCUUGUCGCAUCUCAUUCUUUAUCCUCUCGAUCUCGUCAUUACUCGUCUCCAGGUCCAACAACAAUUAAAGACGCCUGGCGAGGCUCCCUCGGCCGCCAAAGAAGCAGACGACGCCGAAUACACCAGUCUCGCCGAUGCAGCACAGAAGAUAUACACACAUGAAGGUGGACUCCAGGCCUUUUGGAAUGGCUGUGCAGCAGAUACGGCAAAGAGUCUCAUUGACAGCUUUCUGUUUUUCCUCGCAUAUACGGCUUUCCGCCAGCGACAGCAGAAGAAAUUGGGCACAAAGUCCCUGCCUGUCUUGAAUGAGUUGGGUGUUGGCAUAGCUGCUGGAGCUUUGUCAAAAUUUGUCACAACUCCCAUUCAACAGAUUGUCACCAGGAAGCAGACUGCUGCUCUGAUUGCUGCAAGGGACAAGACUUCCACUGUGCCGCCAGGCAUGGCAUCCAAGCUCAGCGUCAAAGACAUUUUCCUCCAGAUUCGUAGCGAGCGCGGUCUUGGAGGCUUCUGGGCGGGACCCAGGGCCCUGUUCCUCAUCGCCGCCUUGUCAAAAGCCACAGCAUCAACAGUCACAUACCCCUUCAGUCUAGCCAAGAGUCGUGCCCAAGUGUCUCGUCCCAUGGCAGAAGAUACACAACGCAAAUCACCCUCCUACUUAGAGAAACCAGAUCUAUCCUCUGAUUCAAAGAUCACCGCCAGAUCCAAGAAAAUCCUGCGACUAGUAUUCUGGCAGCAGAUCCAGCAACUCGCCAUCAUCCGCUCGCUGACCAACAUUUACAAUACUGAAGGUGUCAAAGGCCUCUACAGCGGUCUGGAUGCCGAAGUCGUCAAAGGCUUCCUCGGACAUGGACUCAGCAUGGUCCUCAAAGAGCGCAUCCACGUCCUCGUCAUUUCAGCUUACUACGCAGUCCUCAAGGUCACAAAACAGUGGCCUCAUGAUCUUGGUUCCGUGAGUGAACAGGCAAAGAAUGAGUUCGAAAGGGUCAAGGGUGUAGCAGUGGAUAUGGCAGAAAGUGCUGUCGAGGCUGGCAAGGAAGCUGGCCACCGCGUGCAGAAUGUUGGCGAGACUGUUGUCGAAGGCGUCAAGAACGCAGUUGAAUCCGGCAGUGGUAAUGUCGGCGAGAGUAUGCAGAACGUCGGCAGCAAUGUUGGCGAGAGGAUGCAGAGCAUCAGUGAGAGUGCGCAGAACGUCAGCAGCAAUGUUGGGGAGAGAUUGCAGGAUGUCGGCGGCAACGUUGGCGAGAGGGUGCAGAACAUCAGCGAGACUGUGGUCGAAGGGGUCAAGAACUCGGUCAAGACCACGGAAGAGUAA